AUGCCAUUGGCCUGCCGUCUACUAUGGCGACUGGCUUCCUUGCGGAAACGCCAUCCGAUCCCGACCUUUAUUCGAACCCAAAGUGCCAACUCCCUUAUCCUUAUGGCCAUUCUCUCCCAGACUGACCCUUGUCGGCUCUGGCAACCCUGGAUUUGGAAAGCCCUGCUUUGGUCCCUGACCCCAUGUGCCUUAUCAACGAUCCAACGCCUCUACCGGCGGAUAACGGAUGACAACCCGAUAUGCUCGAUUAACUCACCGCCGCGACGCUGA